UCCCUCCCGGCCAGAGCGACGCUGGGGAUGUCCUCCCGUGAGCGCUGUUGGCCGAACAACAACAUCAGCGCAUCGGCUCUCCGGACGUCAUGAGGCCCCUGCUUCGGGGUCCGGCGGUGAACGAUGAGGAGGAGAACUCGGACAGCACCCCGCUCCUGCCGAGCGCCCGGCAGGCCGAAGCGGCUCCAGUAUGCUGCUCUGCUCGUUACAACCUAGCGAUUUUGGCUUUCUUUGGUUUUUUCGUUCUUUAUUCGUUGCGUGUGAACCUGAGUGUUGCGUUGGUGGACAUGGUAGAUUCAAAUACUACUCUGACGGAUAACAGAACUUCCAAAGAGUGUGCAGAACACUCUGCCCCCAUAAAAGUACACCGAAAUCACACGGGUAAAAAGUACCAGUGGGAUGCAGAAACUCAAGGGUGGAUUCUUGGCUCCUUUUUUUACGGCUACAUCAUCACACAGAUUCCUGGGGGUUACAUUGCCAGCAGAGUCGGAGGCAAGCUGCUGCUGGGCUUUGGCAUCCUGGGCACUGCUGUCUUCACUCUGUUCACACCCAUGGCUGCAGACUUAGGAGUGGUGGCCCUUAUCGUGCUGAGAGCACUAGAAGGACUAGGAGAGGGUGUUACGUUUCCGGCUAUGCAUGCCAUGUGGUCUUCCUGGGCACCCCCUCUUGAAAGAAGCAAGCUGCUUACCAUUUCCUAUGCAGGAGCACAGCUUGGGACAGUAAUCUCACUUCCUCUUUCUGGAAUAAUUUGCUACUAUAUGAAUUGGACUUAUGUCUUCUAUCUUUUUGGUAUAGUUGGAAUAUUUUGGUUUAUUUUAUGGAUGUGGAUAGUUAGUGAUACACCAGAAACUCACAAGACAAUAUCCUAUUAUGAAAAAGAAUACAUUGUAUCAUCAUUAAAAAAUCAGCUUUCUUCCCAGAAGGUGGUGCCAUGGACGUCCAUCUUGAAGUCACUGCCACUUUGGGCAAUUGUCGUAGCACAUUUUUCCUACAACUGGACCUUUUAUACUUUACUGACUUUAUUACCUACUUACAUGAAAGAAAUCCUGAGAUUCAAUGUCCAAGAGAAUGGGAUUUUAUCUGCGUUGCCUUAUUUUGGCUGCUGGCUCUGCAUGAUUCUCUGUGGCCAAGCUGCUGACUAUCUAAGGGUCAAGUGGAAUUUUUCAACUAUAAGUGUUCGGAGAAUUUUUAGCCUUGUGGGAAUGGUUGGCCCUGCAGUUUUCCUGGUCGCUGCUGGAUUUAUAGGAUGUGACUAUUCUUUGGCUGUUGCGUUCCUAACCAUAUCCACGACACUAGGAGGCUUUGCCUCUUCUGGAUUUAGCAUCAACCAUCUGGAUAUAGCUCCUUCAUAUGCCGGUAUCCUCCUGGGCAUCACAAACACAUUUGCCACCAUUCCUGGAAUGAUUGGGCCCAUCAUUGCUAAAAGCCUGACCCCUGAUAACACUAUCAGAGAAUGGCAGACUGUGUUCUGUAUCGCUGCUGCUAUUAACAUGUUUGGUGCCAUUGUCUUCAUCCUGUUUGCCAAAGGGGAGGUGCAGAAUUGGGCUCUCAGUGACCACCACGGACACAGAAACUGAAGACAAUGACAAAUAAUAAUUAAUGUAUUUUAUUUAUCAUGUAAACUGAAAGUGCCUUUGGUAUUUUAAUGUGUAAACAUUCUAUGUGAGAAAAAUAGUACAUUUUAAAGGUAAUCAUGAAAUGUUACUAGAUGCAAGACUAUUUAAAAUGAGCUGAUUUUAAUUAAUAAUAAUAAUAAUAAAUAAUUAAAUAUCUGCCAGACCUUA